AUGACGAGGAUGAUCUUCUCUGCCCUAUGGUUUCUUAUUGGAACGCGAGCUGAUAGAAAUAGAUUCAAUACUUCCUUGACCAAUAGGAGAGGGAGAAUAUUGGCCUGCAUUUGUAUGGAUAUUGACCUCGCUAAACCUUUGGUUGCCAAACUUCUGGUGAAUGGAAAUGUUCAGCCCGUUGAAUAUGAGGAUUCCACAGGUUUUGAUUCAACUGCGGAAAAAUUGCCACUCCUCAACCCUGGACGUGCUGGAGCUGGAGGUCUUAUUCGGGAUCACAAAAGUGCACCUGGCUUGUGGGUUUCUCUUGCCAAUUGGCUAUGCCACGAAAAGUCAGGCCGAGUUUACAGGGCUUGUGCAGCUUCAUUCAUUAGAGUUUCAUCCCCAAGGCACGCUUAUAGCAGGUGUAUGUGUAAUUCCGGUAGGUUUUGCAACGAUACUCAUGAGAUUAAUCAUGUGCUCCAUUUUGUUGCUAAGCUUGGCAAGCCGAGGAGGCUGAUCGUGUUCUCGGUUACAACAGCUCCUCCCGGCAUUGACUGCAAUGUUCUUCACAUAGAUUUCGUGUUGCCCGUUUCAGGCUUUUGA